AUGCCCAGUCUUAUGUCUAUUGCAGCCCUUGGGCUCAGCAUACUCGCCGGUCAGAGUGUUGCGAAGCCCGUCGCGAUAGACCCGGUCUCUGCGGCACCCAUACGCGUCAACCUCAUUGGAGGCUCUAUCGUCGGCGACCCUGGAUGCUGGCGCGGCAAUCUUUGGAACAUGUUGCAAGAUGCAAACAUCAAAAAUGUCGAUUUCGUAGGCACCCGAAAAGAGUUCAAGCGAUGCGGCAAGAAAGAACUCGUGGGGUUCGAUGCCGAACAUGACGGCGCCUCGGGUUUACAAGCCUGGGUAAUGGUGAAGAAAGACCUCCUACGUCCAAUACUGGAAUACACACACCCGGACAUCAUUGUGGUGCAUCUUGGAUCCAACGAUGCUAUUCAGCAGAAGCCAGCCGAAGAAACAAUUGGCAACUUCACUAUAUUGCUGGAACAAAUGAGGCAGAAGAAUCCAGAUGUUAUCGUCCUUUGGUCGCUACUUAUUCCUCUCCGACCCGGCAAGUUCGGAAAAGCGCCUGAGCGCGUCGAAAGACUGAACGAAUUCACCAUACCAUGGAUUGAGAAGAUGAACACAGAGCGGUCCCCCGUCAUUCUAGUUGACAACUUCCAUGGCUUCGAUCCCAUGAAGGACACCGACGAUGGCGAGCAUACCAAUCUAGAAGGAGAUGUAAAGGUUGCAAAAGUGUUCUUCCAGCCGCUCGCCGACGCGAUCAGAAAGAAGACUGCAAGUCAGCAAAAGGCGCUGACCGCGAACAAGGAAGAGGUCGAAAACGAGUACGGACGGGAACAACAGAAGAAGAACGAGGAACAGAUGGACAACACAGACGAGCCACAGACGCAAGAGGAGAACCCCAACGUGGGCGCACCAGGCAAUAAGGAGAAACCCUUGGAUACAAACCCAAACGGGUCCAAGAUUCCCGAACCCCAGAAUGACCAGCAGCCGGUUGAUUCCUCUUCCUCCUCAUCGUCGCCGUCGCCGGCAUUGUUCUUUUGGGCGUGCGUCCCCGUGAUUGCUGUCCUGGUCAUUGCCUUCCGUUGGCACCGUACAGUUGCCCGACAUUCCUACCAGUUGCUUUCGAAUGGUUUUCGCGAAAAUCAGUAG